AUGCCACCGAGGACCGAGGGGCUGCCUUCUCUUCGUCGCCGUGUCAAAUCUGAGCUAAAGGGUACAGCAUAUGACAGAGGAAUGCCUGCUUUGACACAAGAGACUACUAAGUUGACCGGCGCCAGUGGGAACAUCAGACCUUCAACUGGAGUGGAUCACAAGCUACGACAAGAAUUAGCAGCAACACACGAGCUGCCGUUCUUGCAAAUCCCAUCGGCGUCCCGCUCGAAAAUGCUUUUGCAGCAUAAGGCUGAAGGACAUCGGAUGGGCCAUCCUGAAAGUAUGCUCGCCAUUGCAAAUGGUCUCAGAUCUCCGUCGUGGCAUUCCGGCAAUGCUCUAGAUUGUGAUAGCGGUGCAGAUGCAUGCAUACUGAUCCCUCGCGUGGUGCAUCUUCUACAAUCUCUUUACCGUGCUUCCCGCAUCGCCCACCAUGGGUUGCCCCGCUGGGCUGGGAUUGGUGGAAUGCUUAUUGCUCUCCCUGUAGUCGCAAUUGGAUUUGGGCUUGACGUUGGCUGGGCGUGGAGGAUACCGCACCUUGGAAUCCAUGAUUACAAUUAGAGCACAUGUAUAUCCGUUGUUGCUCAUCCUUCAUACAACAUGGGUGAUGCUGGGUGAAUCGUUCUCAUAGGCUUCCGGAGAUCCAUGUAAUAUCACGUGUUUCAUUCAUUCCAAUGGGAGAGACCUGAUGCAUUGAUGGAUUCCGAGUUAUGAGUGGCUGCCGACAACAAAUCAUCGAUUAUUGUCGAACAGCUUCAAGAUAAGUCAUGGGUUUGGUAUCUUGCC